AUGAAUGAUGUCGAGAUUGAGAGUGUUGGCUCCAUCGAGCGGAACAGAAGCUUGGGCGACAACGAGCUGAAAGCUAAACAUGUGAGCACUUUGGGGUCCGUUAGACUUCGGCAUCCUACAACCAACGAUUUAAUACUUGUGCCAACCCCGUCAAAUGACCCCAAUGAUCCCCUGAAUUGGUCGAGAGGUUUUCGAGUAUACAUUGCCAUCAUAUCCUGUGCCGCAAUAUUCAUGGCGCAGUUUCUGGCCGCUGGUCCCAGCGCUGACAUGGCGGGAAUUGUGCACGAUCUCUUUGGAGUCCUGCCAACCAACCCUGGCUGGUCAGCCGCUUUGGCAAAGGCAUCAUAUCUCUUCAGUGGCACGGCAUUUGUACAAGGCAUGUCCAACCUUUUCUAUAUGCCGCUGAUCAUCAAAUAUGGCCGUCGUCCAGUCUACAUAUUUUCCUUCCUACUUUAUGGCGGGUGUUCACUCUGGGCUGGCCUAGCUACAGACUAUCCAAGUGCCUUGGCUGCCCGGCUUAUCCUUGGAUUUGCCGGGGGGUCUGCUGAAUGCGUUGCCCCGUUGACUAUUGCAGAUACGUUCUUCCUUCAUGAGCGUGGCUUGGUCAUGAGCUUUUAUUCGGCGGCUCUCUCAUGUGGUAUUGCCGGUGGGAUCAUCCUAUCUGGCUUGAUCACUAUACAUCAGAGUUGGCGUGUUAUAUAUUUCCUUGCCUCGGGAAUUAUCUGGCUGUUAGUCCUCGUGGUAUUCUUCACUAUGCCUGAGACAGCCUAUCAAAGAAAUUUGCCGAUGGUUUCUGAUGAUACCGAGCUGGGGACCAAGUCUAGGGACAUCGAAAGUUCUCAUAUAGAGUUCCGAGUCCCUCCAAAGAAGACGUAUAUUGAACAGCUUCGCAUCUUCAACCCCAAGUACACAACAGAGUCACUUUUCACUCUAUUCUGGCGACCAGUUCCUCUCUUGAUAAUUCCAUCCGUUCUUUUUGGGACUCUCAGCAUGUCAGUUUGUAUCGGCUCAUUCGUUGCGAUCAGUUCCAAUUACGCCACAGCCUUCACUGAGUUGUACGGAUUCUCGACCUGGGAGUGCGGCCUUAGCUAUGUCGCAGUUCUAAUUGGAGCUCUCAUUGGGAUUUUUGGAGGUGGCUGGCUGUCAGACAAUAUUGCCGACUUGCUUACCCAACGAAAGUCGGGCGUUCGUGAGCCAGAGAUGCGUCUGCCCACAAUCACAAUAUCACUGAUAUUGGCACCUUUGGCCUUAAUGCUUUACGGAUCGGGCAUUCAGUAUUCAUUGCACUGGAUGGUUCCUAUCCUUGGUCUAGGCUUAUUGGGCUUUGUGAUCACUCAAGUCAGCAACAUUGUUCUCGUUUAUGCAGUCGAUGCGUAUAGACCCAUCGCUGGCGAAGUGAUAGUUUCUCAGCUGAGUUUCAAAGCUGCAUUUGGCUUUCUUUUGUCCUUUUACACAAACCCUUGGAUUGAUUCAACUGGUUAUAUGAACUCAUUUGGAACGCUGGCCGGUAUCUGUGCUGCUGUUUUAAUCAUGUGGAUUCCAUUAUACUUUUGGGGUAUUGAAAUCCGAGCAUGGAUACUGAGAUCAAGAAUAGGCAAAGGAAUUCGAUGGGGUGAGGAUCGAGAAGUUGGAGAGUAA